AUGAAGGAACUCAAGCAUGUGAACAUCGUCAGGCUCUACGAUGUGAUCCACACAGAGACGAAACUAGUUUUGAUAUUCGAGUACUGCGAACAGGAUCUCAAGAAAUACAUGGAUCAACACGGCGAACGUGGUGCUCUCGAUCCCAACACUGUUCGCAGUUUCAUGUACCAACUCCUUAAAGGAACAGCGUUUUGCCACGAGAACCAAGUUUUACAUCGAGAUCUCAAGCCUCAGAACCUACUAAUCAAUCGGAAGGGCGAGCUGAAGCUGGGCGAUUUCGGAUUGGCAAGGGCAUUUGGUGUACCCGUCAACACUUUCUCAAACGAAGUUGUGACUCUGUGGUACCGUGCUCCUGACGUUCUUCUUGGCUCGCGGACGUAUAGCACAUCUAUCGAUGUGUGGUCUUGCGGUUGUAUCUUCGCUGAAAUGAUAUCCGGUGUCCCUCUUUUUCGGGGAAAGGAUAACCAGGAUCAGUUGUUGCACAUUAUGAGGAUCAUCGGCACGCCCACUGAACAACAGUUCAAGAACAUUUUCAAGGACAAUCCUGAAAUCCAAGCCAAAAACUUCUCUCGAUAUCCCAAAAUGGACCUUCGUCAAGUCUUGCCCAAGGCAUCUUUACAAGCGAUCGACUUGCUUGAACGUUUACUGAAAUUUGACCCAGCCGAACGUAUAUCCGCUGCCGAAGCCCUUUCUCAUCCCUACUUCACCGCCUCAUCGACUUCACAAUACAGCAUGAGCCCCGCUCCAGGCUCUAUGCCCCCCCCAUCUUUCAACUUCCCUCAUCCGCAUGGCCACCCUCCGCCACAGCAACAACAGUUCUCCCGGCAAUCUCAACCGCCCCCCUUCAUGCCUAACCCUACUACCGUCCAGCAACUCCAACAACAGGCUGCUGUUCAACAGCAACAAGCAGCUGCCCUCGGUGCUUUUGGAGGAAUGCACUUCACAGCGCCUUUUGGUCAUAACCCCGGUAGCUCUAGGUAG